AUGGCAAACCUGGCGAACACCAUGGAAGUGAAUGCUGUUGUGAUUCUGCAAGUUGUGCAGAGGUUAACCCAACCGGCCAGAAGUAAAAACGACAAGGGAAAAAGUGCUGAGGACAGCUUGAGUGGUGUCCCGAGAACUCUAGCUACAUUUCAGAAGGCUGACCCACCAGUUUUCAAUGGUUCGGCAAACCAUACUGAAGCAGACAACUGGUUCCAAGUUGUGGAGCAUGCAUUGCUAACUCAACAUGUACCGUAUGACAAGUUUGUGGAACAUGCAACUUAUCAACUAGUGGGAGAAGCUCAGCAAUGGUGGCAAGGAGAGUGCCGACUGCUAUACCAACAGAACGUAAACAUUACCUGGGCGUUAUUCGAGGCAGCUUUCUACAAGAAGUACUUUCUUGAGUCAAUAAAUCAGGCCAGAGAGUUAGAGUUCUUACAGCUGAAGCAAGGGUCCAUGACUAUAGCAGAAUACACCAACAAGUUCGAGGAACUCUGUAGGUUCUCAAGGAUAAGUCAGGGUACUUCUGGGUCUUAUGAGGGGUGGAAAUACGUCAAAUAUGAAGUAAGGCUGAGGGAAGAUAUCAGACGUGCUGUGGCUCCAUUGGAGAUGAGGAGAUUCUCUGAAUUGGUGGACAAUGCGAGGGUUGUUGAAGAAUAUGCAAGGACGGUAGCCUCAUCAAGGAACACUCAUGGAGGGAAUACUAGUAGGGAAUGCAAUGAUUACCUUGGACCAAAGGGACAAAACUUCAAGAGAUAUGGUGAAGGAAAGCGAUCAAGAGCUUACUCCCCUACUAUAAAAUGUCAGGAGUGUGGGAACUAUGAUCCAAAUAAGCCAUUACAGUUAAGUAAGAAGCUAUGUUACAAGUGUGGCGCACCAGGACAUUUGGUUAGAGAUUGUCGCCGCGGGAGGAACUGA